UUUCUUCUCUCUUCUACACCAAGCACAUCAUGCAUUGAAAUCUGUCCCGGCUGCACCCAGACGACAUCUAUCCCAGCACGAAGGCAUCAAGACUAUGCGCAAGUGCUUCAGCACAUGCGCGAGAACCUUGAGCCAUGAAAAUCCCCUAGGCCUCCCCCGCCGGGGCGACAAGCCUCCACCACCUACCAUCCCACGCGCUCAACGCGGCCUCCCCGCCAAACGCCCUCUCCGACACGUCGCGCACACGAUCGCCAUCUCCUCCGCGAAAGGCGGCGUCGGCAAAUCCACGCUCGCCGCGAACCUGGCCCUAUCCUUCUCGCGCCACGGCCUGCGCACAGGCAUCCUCGACACCGACAUCUUCGGACCCAGCGUGCCCACACUCCUGGGCCUGACCGACCCUUCGAUUUCCCAACCAUCCCUCACACAAUCUCAGCAACUCAUUCCGCUGACGUCUCAUGGCCUGCGGAGCAUGUCCAUGGGUUACCUCCUCCCCUCGGAGUCGGCGCCCGUCGCCUGGCGCGGGCUGAUGGUCAUGAAAGCACUCCAACAACUGCUGCACGAAGUCGAUUGGUCCCCGGGCAUCGACAUUCUCGUGCUGGACAUGCCCCCAGGCACGGGUGACGUGCAACUCACCAUCGGCCAACAGGUGCAGCUCUCGGGCGCUGUGGUGGUCAGCACACCCCAGGACAUCGCGCUCAAAGACGCCGUGAAAGGUGUCGAGAUGUUCCGCAAGAUGGAUAUAAACGUGCUGGGCAUGGUGCAGAACAUGAGCGUCUUCGUAUGCCCGCAUUGCGGCACAGAGACCAAGAUCUUCGCACACGCAAAUACACAUGGACAUUCCGGACACGACGGGGCCGGAGGAGGAGGAGGCGGGAUGGGCGGCGCAGAGAGCAAGGCCAAAGAGCUGGGCGUGGAGUUUCUGGGCGAUGUCCCGCUUGACGCGAGGAUAUGCGCCGAUGCGGAUAGGGGGAUGCCGACUAUCGUCGCCGAGGAGGCGAGCGGUGUUAAAGUCAACACGGGAUACUAUGAGCGUAUAGCGGAGAAGGUCGCAAGGAAGAUUGGCCUUGCUUGGACCUGAUCACAGCCCCAUCAUGCGACCUUGUGUAUUCUCUAAAUUCACAGGAUUGGUGGCACUGCGCAGAGGAGAAGAGUACCCUCCCUGAUGCCAGUGUGCUUUGUGAAAUUCAUGCGCCUCGAUACGGAUGCUUGAUGGAAAAUCUAAGACUAUAAUAUUUUGAAUGUCUCUUAAUCAUAGUGCACUAAGCAAAGGCUUGUGUCAUGUCAG